UUCUGAGCCACAAACUGUUGACACAGCGAUUGGUUUGGUGGCUCAGAUUUUCCGUCGCUCUAUUGCCAUUGUCCUCUUCCAUGUCCGAUUGCACCAAUUGCCAUGGCCGCAAGAAUGGACACGUAAAGCAUUGCCAGCCUUUCUGGGAUGGGGUCAAAUGGUUCUCACUGUAUUCAAAUUGGGUGUAUUGGAUUCAUGAGCUUGGACACUAUGUUGGAACCGGUUAGUUGCUGCCAGACCUCGCAGUCCCAGAUUUACAGUGUAGUUAAACAGAAGAAUCCUUUAAGAGCCUACUCUCAUACUGUUCAUCAACAUUGUGGAUCUUCCUUCAACUUGCAUUAUUCACGCUCGAAGAAAGUGACCGUUCCAUCAAGCAUCGUAAAUUGCUGGAGGAAUGACUAUUCCUUUGUCCCUAUACAAUCCCACAACAAUGCUACUACGUUAAACAUCAAAUUAGUUGGACGAAAUGGAUACAAUUGGUAUAAUCAUAGGCAUAAACCAAGGCAAAGAUCAAGAAUGCAUGCAGCUAUUGAUGUUGCAGCUGCUGUGGAUGUCAUCAACGAUUUAGGAUUGGACACACUGACAUUCCUAGCUGUGACUGUCAUAGUUGUUCCUCUAUUUAGGAGAAUUAAAGCUAGCCCUAUUCUUGGUUUCUUCUUUGCUGGGAUUGUACUUAAUCAAUUUGGUGUGAUUAGAAAUCUUACAGAUGUUAAAGUUUUGUCCGAAUGGGGAAUACUUUUCCUGCUAUUUGAGAUGGGGUUGGAGCUUUCAUUUGCACGUCUAAAAGCUCUUGCAAGGUUUGCAUUUGGCAUGGGUUUGACACAGGUCAUGUUAUCGACUAUCGCUUUCACAGCGUUUGAACUUCCCCCUAAUGGAGCUAUUGGAACAAGGAUUUUGGAGUUCCUUUUUCACGCCAGAUCUGACUUGGUUAACAUCAGAAGCGUUGAUGAAGCGAUUGUGAUCGGUGCUGCCCUCUCUCUAUCUUCUUCAGCGUUCGUUUUACAGCUUCUUGCAGAGAAAGGAGAGCUUGCAACAAGAUUUGGGUCAGCAACUCUAGGGAUACUUCUUCUUCAGGAUAUUGCUGUUGUCCCUCUCUUGGUCAUACUUCCUGUUCUUGAGAGCCAGAAUUUGGGAACGGAAAGUAUCUGGCCAAUGCUUGCACAAGAAAGUCUGAAGGCUUUAGGUGGACUCGGUCUGCUGUCCCUUGGAGGAAAGUUGAUUCUUAGGCGAGUUUUCGAGGUCGUUGCGGAAGCAAGAAGCUCAGAGGCUUUUGUGGCUCUUUGCCUGCUGACAGUUGCUGGCACAUCACUAAUCACUCAGAAACUGGGCUUUAGUGACACGCUGGGAGCAUUUUUGGCUGGAGCAAUAUUAGCAGAAACUAAUUUCCGGACACAGAUUGAAGCUGAUAUUAGGCCAUUUAGGGGCUUGCUCCUCGGGUUAUUCUUUGUUACGACCGGGACCUCCAUUGAUACGCAGCUCCUGUUUCGAGAAUGGCCGAAUGUCCUUGCCCUUUUGGCAGGUUUAAUAGCCAUCAAGACGCUUAUAAUAACAGCAAUAGGUCCCCGUGUCGGUCUCACAACUCAAGAAAGUGUACGAAUAGGAUUUCUUCUAUCGCAAGGAGGCGAGUUCGGGUUUGUAGUGUUUUCUCUGGCAAACAGGCUUGGAGUGUUACCACUUGAGUUAAACAAGCUACUCAUCAUUAUUGUUGUCUUGUCAAUGGCUCUAACCCCGUUGCUAAACGAAGCUGGACGGAAGGCGUCUGAAUACAUCAGUGAAAAGUACAAGACAGACGAUAAAGCUGCAGACACGGUGAAUUUCGACGCUACCGAACCUGUUAUCAUCGUUGGAUUCGGUCAAAUGGGUCAGGUCCUGGCAAAUUUCUUAUCUACACCUUUGGUAUCUGGAGCUGAUGGCAGCUCUCCUGGAUGGCCAUAUGUAGCGUUUGAUAUCGAUCUUUCCGUAGUGAAGAGGUCAAGAAAACUUGGUUUUCCCGUUCUCUACGGAGACGGAUCACGACCAGCAGUUCUGCAAUCUGCUGGAAUCUCUUCUCCAAAAGCUGUCAUGGUUAUGAUCACGGAGAAGAAGGCAACAAUCGAGGCCGUUCAAAAGCUCCGUCUCGCCUUCCCUGCGAUCCCGAUUUACGCCCGAGCUAAAGACGUGAUGCAUCUAUUAGAUUUAAAGAAUGCCGGUGCAACGGAUGCUAUUCUCGAAGAUGCUGAGACUAGUUUACAACUUGGGUCAAAGCUUUUGAAAGGGCUCGGCGUCAUGUCCGACCAAGUGUCGUUCCUUAGUCAGAUGGUUCGAAACUCUAUGGAAGUACGAGCACAAGAUGCACUCGACAAAUCCAACGAGCAAGAGUUAGAGAUUAUGAAACCACUGCAGAUACGUGUGAAGGACUCGAUCAUGACCCCGGAGAGCGAACUGUCGAGGCUGAACGGCAAAGAAAUGGAUGAAAGGAAGCAAGAAGAUUUAGAUGGAAAAGGAGUCCUGUACUGUGAACUUGAUACAGAGGAAAACAGUUCAGAUCCUGAUAAUAUGGUACAGCCUCCAACCCCUUACAUCACAGCCACUGAUGCCUUGGAAAACUGAAACAUUCUUCAGUGUAGUUUUCACAUGAUUUUAUCAUACAUUUUUUUAGUGUUCAUAAUUUAAAUAAAGUUGAUUCAAUCUUCAAUGCUGUUAAUAUAUGUUAGGGUA